AUGGUUUCUGCACUUGAAGUGAAGUCAAUUAAGGAUUCUAAUGAGACCCUGAUCUCUUUGGAUGAUUACAUUAGAAAUACACUGCCAUCUCAAUUGCAUGAAAUACUGCUAGAAGAGUUUCAAAAUCAGGAUUUUUCAAGAGGCCAAGAUGUUUCGAACUCCACCCAUGAUCAAAUGAUAGACCAUACAUUGGAGCUGACCUCCGAUUUGUUGCGAAAUGCACUAGACAAACAGUUGAUGGAAGUGCAAAGUCGUACGCUACCUGUUAGACAAUCAAACCAGUUAAUAUCGUGGUCUUUUGCUCAGGGUUUGAUAAUUGGACAAUUGAGUGUUGUCAUCUUUUUGAUAUUCUUUGUUAAGUUCUUCAUCUUCACUGAUGCAUCGAGUAAAAUGGACAACCCAUUGCCAUCAAAGGUAUCCAAAUCCUAUUUGAAGAAUAGGCGAGAAUCUAGCUCUAUUAAGGAUAAAAGGAAAGGUGUAUUAGUAAAAGAAGAAAGUGGGGAAACGGAUUUGCAUGGAUCCCUGCAGUUAAACGACAUUCUUGAGAAGACAUACUAUAAUGUUGAUACUCAUUCUGCAGAGUCUUUAGAUUGGUUUAAUGUGUUGCUAGCACAAAUGAUACAGCAGUUUAGGGAAGAAGCAUGGCAUAAAGAUAACAUACUAACAUCCCUGGACAGUUUCAUUCAAAAACGUUCCUCAGAUUUACCGGACUACCUUGACAAAAUCACCAUUACAGAGUUAGACAUUGGUGAGGACUUCCCUAUAUUCUCGAAUUGUAGAAUUCAGUAUGCACCAAACUCAAGUGAUAAGAAGCUGGAAGCGAAGAUAGACAUUGAUUUAAAUGAUAAGAUUACUUUUGGGAUGAGUACUAGAUUGCUACUAAAUUAUCCCAAGAAAUGUACUGCCGCUCUUCCAAUUGAUCUUGCGGUAUCUAUGGUACGUUUUCAGGCCUGUUUAACAGUAUCACUCAUUACUGCUGAGGAAUUGGAGUUUACUACAGGGAAUAAGAUUGACGAUAAUGAAAAAAACGGUUAUUAUUUAGUAUUUUCGUUCACACCUGAAUAUAAAAUAGAUUUUGAUAUAAAAUCGUUGAUAGGAGCUCGAUCCAAACUUGAAAAUAUUCCAAAAAUAAGUAACAUUAUCGAAUACAAUAUAAAAAAAUGGUUUGCUGAACGUUGUGUUGAACCGAGAUUCCAGUCUGUGAAACUGCCAGGUAUGUGGCCACGCAGUAAGAACACAAGGGAAGAAGUUAUUCACAAAACGGAGGAUGAAUCUUCAAAAACACCUCAUUCUUGA